GAUAAUGAGCUGCAUGGUAAUAUAGAGAGAGGGGCAGGCUCAGUAGGCUCUGCCGCCGCGGCUGCUGUAGCUGCCGGGCGAUGAGCCGUCAGUGCCAGACUGGAGCAGGAGCUAGGGCUGAGCGCAGUUCCUGGGAAUUUUUCAGCUGGUUCUGCGAGCGAGCGAGUGAGCGAAAGGGAAAACGAGAGAGAGACUGGGAGGAGAGGAAGAGCUAAAAAAGAGAGAGAGAUACAAACACGGAGACAACACGCGCACGCACACACAUACACGCACACACACACACACGUACACACACACACGUGUGUGUGUGUGUGUGUGAAACAGAUUCCCGGAGGAAAUAGAACCGUGAAAGAGUAGAAGAGAAAUAAGGGAAGGAAGCGCCGGGAUUGCUGAUGUCAGAGGGAGCCCGGAAAGUCGCGGUGGAAAAAAUCGGAAGACAGGCAGUGCUUGGCUCAUUCCGAAGAAAAGAAAUUGCCACCUACCCCAGCGCGCUCACAUACACACCCCUCUGGGAGCCCCCUCCCCAAAAUCGAGGCAGCCGAGCUCCGGCUUCGGGGGUUGGGGAGCCCUGAAUGACUGGAGGAAGGCGCUGAUCGGAGACCGGCGGCGGGGCGACUUGAGGAAUACAGAUAAGUGGCUGGCGGCUUGACGUGGAUUUUAAUGAAUUUGGGCUCCAUGUGGAUGUUUUCGUCUCCGUGAAUCCGAGCUGGGGGCAGGGAGCGAGGCUCCACGCAGCCCCCGGGGGGCCAAGGCGAGCGGGCAGCCGGACAGACAGACAUCGGCAGGCUGGAACCAUGUGAGUCUCACCCUUGGAGUGUGGGAUAAACCAGAACUUGGAGAAUCUGUCUCCUCUCCCUACCCCACUCAGAAUGGAACAAAAGGGACCUUGGCCUCGGGUCCCAAACUCAUAUGUCUGGCCAGUCGUUCUGGUCUCAGUGGUUUGGGUGUUGCUCUUACCCCUGACAGCUGGCACACCGCAACUCAGCACCUUCCACUCAGAGAACAGAGACUGGACCUUCAACCACUUGACUGUGCAUAGAGGCACGGGGGCAGUGUACGUGGGGGCCAUCAACCGGGUCUACAAACUGUCUGGCAACUUGACUAUCCAGGUGGCCCAUAAGACGGGGCCGGAGGAGGACAACAAGUCCUGCUACCCACCCCUCAUCGUCCAGCCCUGCAGCGAGGUGCUCACCCUCACCAACAAUGUGAACAAGCUGCUCAUCAUUGACUACUCGGAAAACCGCCUGCUGGCCUGUGGGAGCCUAUACCAAGGGGUCUGCAAGUUACUCCGCCUAGACGACCUCUUCAUCCUUGUAGAGCCAUCUCACAAGAAAGAGCACUACUUAUCAAGCGUUAACAAGACAGGCACCAUGUAUGGAGUGAUUGUGCGCUCCGAGGGGGAAGAUGGAAAGCUUUUUAUCGGCACAGCAGUCGAUGGCAAGCAGGACUACUUUCCCACGCUGUCCAGCCGCAAGCUUCCGCGAGACCCAGAGUCCUCAGCCAUGCUGGACUACGAGUUACACAGCGACUUUGUCUCCUCUCUCAUCAAGAUCCCCUCGGACACCCUGGCCCUGGUCUCCCAUUUUGACAUCUUCUACAUUUAUGGCUUCGCCAGUGGUGGCUUCGUCUACUUCCUCACCGUCCAACCGGAGACUCCAGAAGGUGUUGCCAUCAAUUCGGCGGGUGACCUCUUCUAUACCUCCCGCAUUGUGCGGCUCUGCAAGAACGACCCCAAGUUCCAUUCCUAUGUCUCGUUGCCCUUCGGCUGUACUCGGGCCGGGGUGGAGUACCGCCUCCUCCAGGCUGCCUACCUCUCAAAACCUGGAGACUCUCUGGCCAGGGCCUUGAACAUCAGCAGCCAGGACGAUGUCCUCUUUGCCAUUUUCUCCAAGGGGCAGAAGCAGUAUCACCACCCUCCUGAUGACUCGGCCCUCUGUGCCUUCCCCAUCCGGGCCAUUAACACCCAGAUUAAGGAACGUUUACAAUCCUGUUAUCAAGGUGAAGGCAACCUGGAACUUAAUUGGCUUCUGGGGAAAGACGUUCAGUGCACCAAAGCGCCGGUCCCCAUAGAUGACAACUUCUGUGGCUUGGACAUCAACCAGCCUUUGGGGGGCUCCACUCCUGUAGAAGGGCUCACCCUCUUCACCACCAGCCGGGACCGAAUGACAUCAGUAGCCUCCUAUGUCUACAAUGGCUACAGUGUGGUCUUUGUGGGUACCAAGAGCGGCAAGCUAAAGAAGAUUCGGGCAGAUGGCCCUCCCCACGGAGGGGUUCAAUAUGAAAUGGUCUCCAUUCUCAAAGAUGGGAGCCCCAUCCUCCGGGACAUGGCCUUCUCCAUUGACCAGCAUUACCUGUACGUCAUGUCGGAGAGACAGGUUUCCAGGGUCCCAGUAGAGUCCUGUGAACAGUAUACGACAUGUGGGGAGUGCCUGAGCUCAGGGGACCCUCACUGUGGCUGGUGCGCCUUGCACAACAUGUGCUCCCGGAGGGACAAGUGCCAGAGGGCCCGGGAAGCUAACAGGUUUGCUGCCAACAUCAGCCAAUGCAUGAGCCUCAAGGUAAAACCCAGCAGCAUCUCCGUCUCUGAACACAGCCAAAUGCUCACCCUGACCGUCAGUGAUGCCCCAGACCUGUCUGCAGGUGUUACCUGUGCUUUUGGGAACCUGACGGAAGUGGAAGGACAGGUGGCGGGGAAUCAGGUUAAAUGUGCCUCCCCUGGGGUCAAGGAUGUCCCUGCCAUCCCUGUGGAUCAAGACUGGUUUGGCCUGGAACUACAGUUAAGGUCCAAGGAGACAGGGAAGAUGUUUGUCAGCACUGAGUUCAAGUUUUACAAUUGCAGUGCCCACCAACUGUGCCUGUCUUGUGUUAACAGUGCCUUCCGCUGCCAUUGGUGCAAAUAUCGAAACCUCUGCACCCAUGACCCCACGACAUGUUCCUUCCAAGAAGGCCGUAUCAAUAUUUCUGAGGAUUGCCCCCAGCUGGUGCCCACAGAGGAGAUCCUGAUCCCAGUUGGGGAGGUGAAGCCAAUUGCCCUGAAAGCCCGAAAUCUGCCUCAACCACAGUCUGGCCAGCGGGGCUACGAGUGCGUCCUCAAUAUCCAGGGGAUCAUCUACCGAGUCCCCGCCCUUCGCUUCAACAGCUCCAGUGUCCAGUGCCAGAACAGCUCAUACCAGUAUGAUGGGAUGGACAUCAGCAAUCUGGCGGUAGACUUUGCCGUAGUAUGGAAUGGCAACUUUGUCAUUGACAAUCCAGAGAACCUUAAAGUCCACCUCUACAAAUGUGCAGCCCAACGAGAGAGCUGUGGCCUCUGCCUCAAGGCUGACCGGAAGUUUGAGUGUGGCUGGUGCAGUGGUGAGCGCAGAUGUACCCUCCAUCAACAUUGCUCCAACCCAACCUGGCUCGAUUGGUCCAGUCACAAUGUCAAGUGCACCAACCCUCAAAUCACAGAGAUUUUGACCAUGUCCGGCCCCCCUGAAGGAGGGACUCGAGUCACCAUCCACGGUGUGAACCUGGGUCUAGACUUCUCAGAGAUCGCCCAGCAUGUGCAGGUGGCCGGGGUGCCGUGCACUCCCCUCCCUGGGGAGUACAUCAUCGCCGAGCAGAUCGUCUGUGAAAUGGGUCGUGCACUCCCAGGAAUCAGCUCUGGUCCUGUACGCCUGUGCAUUGGCGAGUGUAAGCCAGAAUUCAUGACCAAGUCCCACCAACAGUAUACCUUUGUGAACCCAACAGUGAUGUCACUUGCCCCAAUUAGGGGCCCAGAGUCCGGAGGCACCAUGGUGACCAUCACCGGCCAUUACCUAGGAGCAGGGAGUAGCGUUACAGUGUUCCUGGGAAACCAGACCUGCGAAUUCUAUGGGAGAUCUAUGAAUGAGAUUGUGUGCGUCUCCCCACCAUCGGCCCACGGCCUGGGCCCCGUCCCUGUUUCUGUAAGUGUGGACCGAGCCCAUGUGCACAGCAGCCUGCAGUUCGAAUACAUAGAUGACCCCCGGGUGCAACGCAUUGAGCCAGAGUGGAGUAUUGCGAGUGGCCACACACCCCUAACCAUCACAGGCUUCAACCUGGAUGUCAUUCAGGAGCCCAGGAUCCGGGUCAAGUUCAAUGGCAAGGAAUCUGUCAACGUGUGUAAGGUUGUGAACACAACCACCUUGACCUGCUUGGCCCCUUCUUUGACUCCAGAGUAUCGGCCUGGCCUAGAUGCUGUCGAACGGCCAGAUGAGUUUGGGUUUGUCUUCAACAACGUGCAGUCCUUACUGAUCUAUAAUGACACCAAAUUCAUCUACUAUCCCAAUCCAACUUUUGAACUGCUUAGUCCUACUGGGGUGUUGGACCAGAAGCCAGGAUCCCCAAUCAUACUAAAGGGCAAAAACCUCUGCCCUCCAGCCUCGGGGGGAGCCAAGCUGAAUUACACAGUGCUGAUUGGAGAGACCCCCUGUGCCGUCACCGUGUCUGAGACGCAGCUCCUUUGUGAACCCCCGAACCUCACAGGACAACACAAGGUCAUGGUCCAUGUCGGGGGGAUGGUCUUCUCCCCUGGCUCGGUGAGCGUUAUCUCAGACAGCCUGCUGACCCUGCCAGCCAUCGUCAGCAUUGCGGCAGGUGGGAGCCUCCUGCUCAUCAUUGUCAUCAUCGUCCUCAUCGCCUAUAAACGCAAGUCUCGAGAGAACGACCUCACCCUCAAGCGCCUUCAGAUGCAGAUGGACAAUCUGGAGUCCCGAGUGGCCCUGGAGUGUAAGGAAGCUUUUGCUGAGCUGCAGACGGACAUCAAUGAGUUGACCAGUGACCUGGACCGCUCAGGGAUCCCCUACUUGGACUACCGAACCUACGCCAUGAGGGUUUUGUUCCCUGGCAUCGAGGAUCACCCUGUCCUUCGGGAACUGGAGGUCCAGGGGAAUGGGCAGCAGCACGUGGAGAAGGCCCUCAAGCUCUUUGCCCAGCUCAUCAACAAUAAAGUCUUCCUGCUGACCUUCAUCCGAACCCUGGAGCUGCAGCGCAGCUUUUCCAUGCGAGACCGAGGCAAUGUGGCCUCUCUCAUCAUGACGGGGCUGCAGGGCCGGCUGGAGUAUGCCACUGAUGUGCUCAAACAGCUGUUGUCUGACCUCAUCGACAAGAACCUGGAGAACAAGAACCACCCCAAACUGCUUCUGCGCAGGACAGAGUCUGUGGCUGAGAAGAUGCUAACCAACUGGUUUGCCUUCCUCCUACACAAAUUCCUAAAGGAAUGUGCAGGGGAACCACUGUUUAUGCUGUACUGUGCCAUCAAGCAGCAGAUGGAGAAGGGCCCAAUCGAUGCCAUCACAGGGGAGGCCCGCUACUCCUUGAGCGAAGACAAGCUCAUUCGACAACAAAUUGAGUACAAGACUCUGAUCCUGAACUGUGUGAACCCGGACAACGAGAACAGCCCCGAGAUCCCGGUGAAGGUGUUAAACUGUGACACCAUCACACAGGUCAAAGAGAAGAUCCUGGAUGCCGUGUAUAAGAAUGUGCCCUAUUCUCAGCGGCCUCGAGCUGUAGACAUGGAUUUGGAGUGGCGCCAGGGACGGAUAGCCCGAGUUGUACUACAAGAUGAAGACAUUACCACCAAGAUUGAGGGGGACUGGAAAAGGCUCAACACGUUGAUGCAUUAUCAGGUGUCAGACCGCUCUGUGGUGGCUCUUGUCCCCAAACAGACCUCCUCCUACAACAUCCCCCCUUCUGCCAGCAUCUCCCGAACAUCCAUCAGUAGAUACGAUUCAUCUUUCCGGUACACAGGGAGUCCAGACAGCCUGAGGUCCCGGGCACCUAUGAUCACUCCUGACCUGGAGAGUGGGGUCAAGGUGUGGCACUUGGUCAAGAAUCAUGACCAUGGAGACCAGAAGGAAGGGGAUCGGGGCAGUAAGAUGGUAUCUGAAAUCUACCUGACCCGUCUGCUAGCCACCAAGGGUACACUGCAGAAGUUUGUGGAUGAUUUGUUCGAGACCUUGUUCAGCACUGUACACCGGGGCAGUGCCCUCCCCCUGGCCAUCAAGUACAUGUUUGAUUUCCUGGAUGAGCAAGCAGACAGGCACAGCAUCCAUGAUACAGAUGUGCGGCACACCUGGAAAAGCAACUGCCUCCCUUUGCGAUUCUGGGUGAAUGUGAUCAAGAACCCUCAGUUCGUGUUUGAUAUCCACAAGGGGAGCAUCACGGACGCCUGCCUCUCGGUGGUGGCGCAGACCUUCAUGGACUCCUGCUCCACGUCCGAGCAUCGGCUGGGCAAGGACUCCCCUUCCAACAAGCUGCUCUACGCCAAGGACAUUCCCAGCUACAAGAGCUGGGUGGAGAGAUACUAUGCUGAUAUUGCCAAGCUGCCAGCCAUCAGUGACCAGGACAUGAAUGCCUACCUCGCAGAACAGUCACGCCUCCAUGCUGUGGAGUUUAACAUGCUCAGUGCCCUCAAUGAAAUCUAUUCCUAUGUCAGCAAGUACAGUGAAGAGAUCAUAGGGGCCCUUGAACAGGAUGAACAGGCACGGAGGCAGCGGCUGUCAUAUAAAGUGGAACAGCUGAUCAAUGCCAUGUCCAUUGAGAGCUGAGGGGAGGUUCCAGGCACAUCUCCUAAGAGAAGAGAGAGAAGGCAAGGAGGACUCAGCCUUCAAUUCUUCAAAACUGGGAAGCUGGGAAUGAAGGGUAUAUAGCUCCCGGGGCUCACUGAACCCACCCUGGGGGGAGGGGAGGGCUGUGCCCCUCCCCCAGCAUCAGCUAGGGUUCAUCCUAUCCAGUUCCCAGAAUCAUCGAACAGUAGGCAUCAUGCAUCCUUGGCAAGAACGAGAGAGAAAUGGGGGCCAGGAAGUCGUCCUCGAAGCCAAGAGGCAGGAGCUGCGGACAGAUCUGCCUCUGUGACUGCUGCUUUGCAUGAAAAAAAAAAUCAUUUAAUGUAUAUUGGGAAAGAAUGAAAACUUUAUUUAAUUUUUUUAAGAAAAAGAGAAAAAACCACAGAAAUAAAACAGACAAAAAGCCACUCUGCUAAUCCCGUCCCACCUUUUUCUUUUUUCCAUUCUGGUUUUUCUCCCUUCUUUCUUAUCCUCCCAAGCACUCCUCCCUUACAAGAUUCCUGUUCCUUUCCAGUGACAAUUCGCAAACAGAUGACAAUGGGAAUCUUGGGAAAAUAAUUUGUUUCCUUUCCUGGGAAGUAGAGAAAAGGAGGAGAGGAAGAAUGAGCACAAGUUAGCACCAAACGUUUUUCACAGUCAAACCCGGAAAUAUCCCAAAGGUCAAGAGCUCCUUGGUACUUCUGUGUGGAUUCCUGAACCAUCAAAUGAAACCAAACCUGCCCGGCUGGAAACCAAGCUUUACAUACACAUACCUGUGUAUGAUCAUCUCCGGAGAGAAGCUUUGUCUUUAGACAGUGUCUAUGCUUUUUGCUACUGUUCAUUUUCUUUGUUUGUUUGUUUUAAUUUUGUGUCUAACCAAUUGAGGACCUGAUCUUCAGUACCUCCCCUUUGAGCCAGGGGGUGGUGACAUGGGCUUCUCUUCAUGCUGGGCUCGUGACCUUCACUCGGACACCAAACAUCUCCACCUCACGUGUCUUUCUCCUGCCACACUCUGCUUUGGGGAGCCAUUUCCACAUCCUAAUAGUUGGCUCCAGGGGCACAGUCUAUCAGGGCUGUGAUCAGAGACCUUGAGCACUAGAAAAAAGUUCAAUGGGCCCUACAAAGGCCAUAAAGGGACCAGCUCUCCAGGCUCAAUCCUGGAACUUGAUUUGGGGGAUAUGGGUGUUCACUCCUGGGAUUUCACUCCAAUUUCUUGCAGUAAAAAAAAAUAAUACAAAAACAAACACUGUUUACAGCAAGUAAUGCUUGCUAAAGAAGCUGCAAUAUUUAUUAUUCUACUUUUCCAAUUGUCUCAUGCUUGCAGAGAGAAGGAGAAUGUUUGGCAUUCAUCUUUGGACAUGUCCCUGGAUGUGCAGGGCCUGCCUCUGAGAGGAUCAGACCAGGCCAAAUGGUUUGACUCCCAGAGAGUGCCAAAGUCUUUGUCUUCUGUCAUUGUCUCUGUCUCUGUCUCCGUUGCUGAUUCUUGGGGUGGGGAGGCGAGCAGCUGGCUCACAUCCUUCCUCCCUCCACUAAAGAUGAUGGGUGACCAACUUUCCUGAGUACUGUUUAACAAGAGACCAAAGCUUCACCUCUCUUGUCCAGGUUACCCACAGAGGCUACUAAGUGUCCCCAGAUGUUGGCUUUGGGAGCUGGUUGCUGGUGGUGGGACCACAUUGAUCUUGAGAAGCCUAAGCUCUCUGCUAAUCUAAAUAGUCAAGAUUGUUUUCCCUGGAACUACCCUCUCCAGCAGGAGCCACUGAAAGUAAGGGCGGGUGCUAAAGAAGAAGGGAAGGAGCGGAAGAGAAGAGCAGCCUCUCCCUCCUCCGAUCCCUCCAAUUUGGGAAGGGGCCAGAAAUUCAGGCUGCAGCUCUUAAAGCCCUGACCACACUGCCUCCAAGGGAGAAGGGAUUGUGGCUUCUUUCCUAUUUGUUUAACUCCAAUCAUCCAUCUCCCUCGCUAUCCUGCUACACCUCCGGGCGGUCCCAGUUUUGAAAGCUUCCACUGGCCUCACAAUUCCCAAGGAAAAUGGGUGAAGGAGAGCUGGCUGCCAGCCCCAGCUGUCGUGUGGCUUUCGAUUGCUGCACUAACCACACAGCAGACUCCCCUGGUCUGUUCAGCUCCAGUUUCUUGCCUGAAUGCAGCUGACAAAAGGGAAGAGAAAAGCAUUCAGUGAAAUACUCAGGAAACUUGCUGUUUAAAUUAUGAUUCACAGCCAGGCAUGCCAAGUCCACUUUUCUUCUGAUAAUCCACUUCUGUUAAAGUUUCUCUGGGCCCUAUUAAUAGCCUGAAAGAAAUACUAAUGACCGACCUUGUGCAAGAAGCCAAAGCAUUUGACAUUCACGGAUCCAAAGCUUAGAGACUCAGAGCCCAUGAUUUACAGCAAUGAGGGGGUGAGGGAGCCAAGGGGAGAGAAGAAUUUAAGAUGGAGAUUUCCUGCCUCCAGCAAAGGAACCUAUCUCUGAAUCCUUUAUGCUCGCCAUUCAGGUUUGGUUUGAAUGGUGAGGUUCUGAUGAUCCCCUUUACACGAUGAUUCCCCCUUGUAACAUUGCCUCCUAAAGCUUUGCUGGAGCUGGAGGCUGAAGGCUAAGAGGCUCAGCAUCGUCUUAACCCACCUUCACCCACCAAUGACACCAUCCACCCUGGCUGAUCCCACUUCUGUAGCCCUUGUCAGUCUCCAAACCUAGAAACAGAAGGGUCUACCAGCAAGGUAGAGAAAGGACCUCAUUUCAGGUACUUUUUAUUUGAGAGUGAGAGUGAAGGGAGGACCCAAAGGGGAGGCUGCCUGGUGAGACAGGGUGAGAGGAGCUAACCACAUGUAACUUGGCUGCCAAGAAAAAGAAAGUCGGUCAAGAGUAACUUCCCAAGAAGGAUGUUGGGAAGGAAUGCCCAGCUGGAUCCAAGCUAAGUCGUGGAGGCAUGGGGAUGAUGAGGUCCUGGAAUACCUCUCCCCUCUGAUUCCCUACGACCCCAUAAAGCAUGGGAAAAUGGAAUGGGAUAAAUUGGUCCUCACUCAUUCAUGCAGGAUGUCUCUCCCAGUUUAGGAGUGUUCUAGGGAAGUUGAGUUUUGUGGAAGAGUAACCUUCACUCUCUGGACAGGGCACUUCCACUCCAUUCUUGUGUCCCUUCCUCAGUGAACACUGGAUUAGGAGAGAGGGAGAGAUCUGCGCAUGUUGUCUGCAAAUAUGAAUCUUCUCAAAACUAGCCCAAGAAAGUUCUUCUAACCCAAGACAACUUCCCAGCCAACCAACCAGCUAGCCCAACACAAAAUGUACAGACCUCAGUCAUUGCCAUCAUGAGUCAGUUGGUGUUAUCACUGGGAAGAGGGAGCUGGUUGCCAUGGGCUGCUGGUUUCUGCUACCAAAAGAGUGGGCAUGGACCAGCUGCCUCAUUCAUCUCUGUACUUCCAUGCCCCAACCUGUGGAAGACAAGAGUGAUUUGGGCAAAGAGCCAGCAGGAGGAAGAAAAUAACUGGAAAAGACCCCUGGAAUCUCCCCCCCCCCUUAAAAUGGGAGCAGUAAAAGUUUCCACUACCUUGGAUUGUUCCAGCUGCACUUUCCCUUAUUGCCUGAGGCUUUGACCUUCACCAAUUCCCCCCAAAGAUGACAUGAAAUACCAACAAAAGGUACCAUAACUGCUGAGUCCACAAUGGGAACAAUGGAUGGGUGUGCUCUACAGGAUAGACUAAAAUGGUCCAGACAGAAUAAAUGGGAGGACAUUUAAAAAGCCAUGGCAGAUAAAUCUCCAGGUGCAUUUCAGCAUCACACCUGGCCCCAUUAACCUGUUGUCAGUAAAUAUCAAGCAAGCAGCUGCACUCUGGGAAUGGACAAUGUCCUCUCUACACAUAGUAAAUCUGUAGCAGGAAUCCUCUUCCCUAAAUUGUGGCGGCCUUACUCUGGGAGAGGUGAAAGUUGAAGUCAAGGGUCAAUGUGGAAGAAAAAAAAAAGUUGGACUGGAUUGUUCUGUCCAAGGUUCUGGGGGAUGAAACACCAUAUCACUAAGGUUCUAGACUGAAAUAGGACUCAGCUGCUGUGGUUAAGGGACUCUGGGCAAUACUCUCAGGAACAUCUGUGGUGACAUCUUCACUGCUUCAAAGUCUCUUUUCCCUUCUCCAUCUCUUACCCUUCUCCAGAGACUUCUUAUUUGAUAUCUAGGGCCGGAUACAUCCCUGGAUGUAGGGAUGUGUUUUUACUCUUGGUUCAUCCAAACCCAGUGCUAGGAGAUACCCUGAGAAGUUAACAUGACCUUCCCCUACCUCCAGGAAGGAUUCUCCCAAACCACCACAGACAGAUUUGCUGUUUUGCCUGUUUCUGGAGACUCUCAGUGAAGGUGAUCGAUUCCACGGUUAUUCCCAGUCAAGUGUGACCCACAUCAUGCCCCAACCCUCUCCUUCACGAAGGUUUUAUUCUUGUCUCACCUAAAUGGGCUGUGAUAUGUCUCAUUCCUCUUGUUCUGCCCCAUAGAAAGAUGGAUAACACCAGGACUCGAGUCAGGUUCUUGAUUCUCACCUCCCUUCUUUGUCAAAGUUACAUCCAAGGUAAAGAUUGAAACGGGAAAGAGUAAGGAAGAUGGGGAGAAGUAUCUUAGGUGUGUCUGGAAGGAACUCUCUCCUUACACCAAAUGGGGAAGGAGCCUCAAAGUCUUUGCUUACCCCAUCAUCUGGAUCCCUUUUCCCCAACAUACCUGCCUCUCUCCUCUUUUCUGCCCCCUAACCCCUCUUUUCUUGACACACUGGAAUUCUGUAUUAUAUUUUUUUUAUGAGAAGAAAACAGUGUUUGUCUGGUUCUGUUGUUUUUACAGGUGUCGUGGAAAAAAACUGUAAGAAAAUUGAAGUAUUUAAAAUGUUCCAAGAAAAAAAACUGGGAUUUUUUUGUUAUUAUUCUAAUAUAUUAUUGUGUACCUAUUGUAAAUAUGAAACGCUCCUAUUUUGCAAGCCAAGGACACACUUUGUACUGUUGUUAUAUAUAAAUAAAGUUUACUGGAUAAAAAAAAA